UAGAGAAACGAGUGAGAGAAGGAAGAGAGAAAUUAAGGAGGGAGUGACUGAAAGAGAGAAGAUGGUGUCCUGGGUUCGGCUUUUGGUGUUGGUAGCUUUCUUGCUUCCUUCAUUGGUCGAGUGCAGAGUUCGUCAUUACAAGUUCAAUGUGGUGACGAGGAACUUCACAAGGCUCUGUUCAACCAAGCCCAUCGUCACCGUCAACGGGAGGUUCCCGGGACCCACCCUCUAUGCCAGAGAAGGUGAUACUGUACUCGUCAAGGUCGUCAAUCACGUCCAAUACAACGUUACCAUCCAUUGGCAUGGCAUCCGGCAGCUUCGCACAGGUUGGGCAGAUGGGCCGGCGUACAUCACACAGUGCCCAAUCCAGCCAGGCCAAAGCUACGUCUACAACUUCACCAUCACGGGCCAAAGAGGCACGCUGCUGUGGCACGCCCACAUCCUGUGGCUAAGGGCAACGCUCCAUGGUGCCAUCGUCAUCCUGCCCAAGCGCGGCGUUCCUUAUCCAUUCCCCAAACCCCACAAAGAAGUGGUCGUCAUAUUAGGUGAAUGGUGGAAGUCGGACGUGGAAGCUGUGAUCAAUGAGGCUCUCGGUUCUGGUUUGGCACCAAAUGUUUCAGAUGCUCACACAAUUAAUGGUCACCCAGGACCAGUCCCUGGUUGCUCUUCACAGGAUGGGUUCCAGUUGCAAGUAGAUCCUGGCAAGACAUACAUGCUACGCCUCAUCAACGCUGCACUGAAUGAAGAGCUCUUCUUCAAGAUCGCCGGCCACCAGCUGACGGUCGUCGAAGUCGAUGCCGUCUACACCAAGCCCUUCAAGACCGACACCGUGCUCAUCGCCCCUGGCCAGACCACGAAUGUCCUCCUGACCGCCGGUCGAAGCUCCGGCAAGUACUUGGUUGCCGCCUCCCCUUUCAUGGACACUCCAGUAGUCGCCGUCGACAACAUGACUGCAACCGCUACCUUACACUACUCGGGCAGCCUCGCUACAUCUGCAACCACCCUCACCAAUCCUCCUCCUCAGAAUGCUACCCCAGUAGCAACCAACUUCAUGGACUCGCUCCGCAGCUUAAAUUCGAAACAGUAUCCCGCCAAAGUUCCACAGACUGUGGAUCACUCUCUCUUGUUCAGCGUCGGCCUUGGCGUCAAUCCAUGCUCCACCUGCCCAAAUGGGAGCCGAGUGGUUGCAGAUAUCAAUAAUGUCAGCUUCGUCAUGCCCACCACUGCGCUGCUUCAAGCACAUUUCUUCAAUAUAAGCGGAGUUUUCACGGAUGAUUUCCCGGCCAACCCGCCCAUAGCCUACAAUUACACCGGAACCCAGCCGGCAAACCUCCAGACCAUAAACGGGACAAAGGUUUAUAGGCUCCGUUACAACGACACAGUACAGGUGGUCCUACAAGAUACAGGGAUGAUAGCCCCAGAGAACCAUCCCAUCCAUCUUCACGGCUUCAACUUCUUUGCAGUUGGAAGAGGACUAGGAAAUUACAAUCCCAAGAAGGAUCCUGCCAAAUUCAACCUUGUCGACCCCAUUGAGAGGAACACCAUUGGAGUCCCAUCUGGUGGAUGGACUGCCAUUAGAUUCAGAGCUGAUAAUCCAGGUGUUUGGUUCAUGCAUUGUCAUCUGGAAGUGCACACGACGUGGGGACUUAAGAUGGCGUUCGUGGUAGACAACGGGAAAGGCACCAACCAGUCACUCUUACCACCUCCCAGCGACCUUCCGAAAUGCUAAGCAAGCCGAAGGCUUCAGAUUUAAAGUAAUUUUGACACAUCUUCACCUCUUCAAUAAGCAAGGGUAUUGGAUUGUUUUUCUCCACCCCUGUUAAAAAACAGGGGGAGCUGCUUAAGCAGAGUUGAAUAAAACCACGAAACCUUUUUCUUGAUUUUUGUAGAAUCAUUUUUUUUUUCACAUUUCAAGGUUGUAAUUGAAUUCCUGAAUGAAACCAUGAAAUAUACUUGAUGUUUGAACCUGAACAAGUGAAGUGAGGAGUUAUUUAUAACAGCUGCAAUGGUUGACGAUUUUGUGUU